AUCAUUCUUGGGCUUCCCCUGGGCUACUUCAUGGACAGAUAUGGUCGGAAGUUCAUGAGUAUAGUCACAUUAUCGACAAUAAUGGCAUAUUGGCUGAUAAAAAUAAUAAGUCUGGAGCCGUCCUCAUUCAUCAUAGCUCGCGCUGUGGCUGGGUUUCCUUGCUCAGCGGUCUACAUCAUCAUGCCUUGCUACAUCAAGGAAAUCAGCGACAUUGACCUCAGGAGUGCUUUUGGAUCACUCUACAUAUUAAUCAGAAACGUCGGUUACCUGACAAGUUACGUGCUAGCAGAUCUGCUGAGCGUGUACGCAAUGCUGUGGGUGGGCUUCGGCGUGGCAACAUUUAUAUUUCUAGUCUUCCUUAUGCUGCCGGAGACGCCUGAGUAUCUCGUCAAGAGGGGGAAGGUUGACGAGGCCAAGGAAGUGAUGGCGUGGCUCCGGGGUACGAGCUUAACUGACGACCGGCUGGUCCGGGAUAUUGACACUAUCAUCUACCGUGAUAAGCAGACUACCUUGGAAGCGAAGUCCACGUGGGGCAUUAUAUUCCACGACGCAACCACGAGAAAAGCCUUCAUAAUAACCUGGGUGAUCAAAGUGGCUCAACAGUUCGACGGGUACCUGAUCGUACUCAUCUACGCUAGCACCAUCUUCGACGUGGCAGCUGACUCUGUCAACAUCAAGCUGACUGCCAAUCAGCAGGUAAUGGUGGUAGGAGCAGUUCAGCUACUAGGUUCCAUGUCUGCAACGGCACUGGUCGAGAAAACUGGAACGAAGAGACUCCUAGUAGGCACAUCAUUCACCAUGGGCGUCGGCAUGGGUAUACUGUCAGUCUGGUUCUACCUGACAGCUGUGGGCGUGAACCUGCCCGGCUGGGUGCCGGUGAUGGCGCUGUGUCUCGCCAUCGUCUCCGACGCGGCCGGCUUCCAGCCCGUCUCCUACAUCGUCAUCACCGACAUGUUCACCUUCCACCUCCGCGGCCAAGUCUCCUCCAUCGUAAACGUCUGCGGCAAAGGCGCCAACUUCAUCCAAGUGAAAGGAUUCCACGCCCUCAACCAAGCCAUCGGCAUCCACUUCACCUUCCUCAUCUUCGCCCUCAUCUGCUUCGGGUCCUGUCUGUUUGCCAUCAUCUUCUUCCCAGAGACCAGAGGAAGAUCCUUGGAUGAGAUCUAUAAGGAGUUGACUGGGAUUAAUAAGAAGGAUGACAAUCAGAGACCUCAGGUUUGAGUUGCAGCUAGUAUUUUUAUUGUCAUAUUUUACUCUCGUCUAUAUACUUCGGGUCCUGUCUGUUUGCCAUCAUCUUCUUCCCGGAGACGAGGGGACAGUCUCUGGAUGAGAUUUAUAAGUUGACUGGGAUUAAUAAUAAGGAUGGCAAUCAGAGACCUCAGGUUUGAGUUGCAGCUAGUAGAUUUUUAUUGUCAUCGCUCUCAUCUGCUUCGGGUCCUGUCUGUUUGCCAUCAUCUUCUUCCCAGAGACCAGAGGAAGAUCCUUGGAUGAGAUCUAUAAGGAGUUGACUGGGAUUAAUAAGAAGGAUGACAAUCAGAGACCUCAGGUUUGAGUUGCAGCUAGUAUUUUUAUUGUCAUAAUUUACUCUCGUCUAUAUUCUUCGGGUCUGUUUGCCAUCAUCUUCUUCCCGGAGACGAGGGGACGGUCUCUGGAUAAGAUUUAUAAGUUGACUGGGAUUAAUAAUAAGGAUGGCAAUCAGAGACCUCAGGUUUGAGUUGUAGCUAGUAGAUUUUUAUUGUCAUCUUCGCUCUCAUCUAUUUCGGGUCCUGUCUGUUUGCCAUCAUGUUCUCGGAGACCAGAGGAAGGUCUCUUGAUGAGAUUUAUAAGGAGUUGACUGGGAUUAUUGAGAAGAAUGACAAACAGAGACCUCAGGUUUGAGUUGUAGCUAGUCUAGUAGAUUUUUAUUGAGAGUUUCUAGGGUAUGAUCAGAUUCUGUUUGGGCUAUACCUUGUUGGUUUUGAGUAGUACCUACUUAGGUACUGAUUUAAUUUGCUGGAAACUUCUUGACAGUCAUCGAAUGUCACCGAUGUAAACAAGGAGAAAUAUGUAUAGACUUAUAUUAACCGGGAUAUACGAGUAUGAUUACUUUUUUGAUUUCCGUGAUUUCCAUGAUCAUGAUGCAUGCAACUGCGUCAAAAUAUCGGGAGCUCGACAAAAAUCAAAUAGGUAAUCACGGUCUACAUAUAUAAGUCUAAUGAAAAUAACCGUGAACCAUUCAAAACUCUUAAGGAGAAAAAUAUUUCAUUGUUGUAAUCUAUUACUGUAACUAUUAUAAAUUAUGUGCCUAAUGUGCCUGAAAAAAUAUACAGAUUAUGUAAGCAUUCUAAUAAAAUGGUAAACUCAAAUCGGCACUGAGAGAAAAAAUCGAUAAGGAAAAUACUGUCCUGGCUUUAAAUGAAUGCAGGUGCUCAUGUUAUUCUGGUAGCAAGCUGGGUUUAGUUUUACUAUCUCAAGCCAAAUAGAAUCUUUACCUAUAAGCGUGCCUAGAAGCACUUAGCUAGCAAAACUACUGAUAUGUGUCGUUGUGAUACUAAGUUUCCUAAAGUAAUACCAAAGAUAAGGAAAUGGUCAAAAUGUCGUCACAUAAUAAUCUAUAAUUAUGGAUUUUUAAUAUCCAACUGAGGAAAAAAAAUACUAAGCGCCUUAUGAAUUUCUAUUAGCAAUGUUUAUAAAGGCUCAUUUAGACGGCGCCCGAACUCGCGUGCGAUUACAUCGCGAACUGUUGAUGUUACACACUAUCGACUCAGUUGUUUUAAUAGCUAUAGUUACCAGCUGUCGCCUUUAUUUUACUUAACAAUAGAGUCCAAUAAAACAUUUGUAAGCACACCAAAAAUUUUGUUAGCAGAGCGUCGAAUCGGUAUAUUCGACGCUCUGCUAACAAAAUUUAAUGGAGAGUUGCAGAUGUAAAAAAAGUUCUUGCACAGUGUAAAUGGGGUCAUGCCCAUAAGGGAAUAUGAAAUGUACUCCAACAGCUAAAAUAUAAAUGUUUGUACAUAAUGUGUGCAUGUAUGUAUUUAUGUAUGUUCGUGUCAAAUGUUUCACCUCGAACGAUCAAGCCGAUGCGACAUAUCGUCACUACUUUGAAAAAAACUUGUAUCUUCUUCUGUCAAUGAAAAGAAUAUUGUAGUAAGUAUGUAUGGAACGCAUAGAGACUUACUGCGUUUUAACUUUGAGGAGCAGUGUGAGAUACGAGAUUUUUUCAAAGUAGUGACGAUAUGAUGUGUGGAUUUAUUUCAGCUGUAGUCCUUUUAAGUAUUUUCUAUAGUUUUAUUCCGUAUAAAAUAUUAAGUAGGUAAUGUACUAUACUAGACGGUCAACCAAAUCUUGGCACGCUCCUACAUUUUCAAUCAAUUUUAAAGUUUUAUACCUCGUCAAUGAUUCCGCCAACGUCAAGGUAGGCAUCACGAGUUUUAUGGAGUCAGUUUGGCGGCGAGCCUAUAUUUUUUUUCAAAUUUACUGCCGGUUGGCCGUCUAUAUUGAUGUAACAUGGAAAGCUUUUUACUUAUCUGUAUUUGUCGAUACGCAACAAUGAAGUUUCUGUAAUGAAAUGAAAUGAAAUGAAAAAUAUUUUAAUCCAGACUUUUUGGAGGUAUGCGCGGAGUUGAAACCCUUUUGACACUUUUAUGAAAUGUAAGGGGUUUAUUUGCGUGAUUAUUAUUAAAUUAUUAUUUAUUUACAAGACUUAAAUGAGUUGCUUCACUUUAUUGUCACAAACAAUUCAAUUCGAUACUUGUACGAUAAAAAAAUGAUGUUCUGAGAUCAAACGACGAAAGUCCAAAAGAUUUGAUGUAAGUACCUACCAUAAAAAAUGAUGUUCCAUAUCGUCACUACUUUGAAAAAAACUUGUAUCUUUUUCUGUCAAUGAAAAAAAAAUGUAAUAAGUAUGUAUGCAAUGCAUAUAGACUUACUGCGUUUUUACUUUGAGGAGCAGUAGUGUGAGAUACGAGAUUUUUUCAAAGUAGUGACGAUAUAUCUGUCUAAAUAAUAUAUGUACCUAUAGUGUAGCAUACCUAAACACUAGGUAUGUUAUUUUAUAAAAAUAAAUUAAAUUUUGAUUAAGUAAUACGAGGAGCUGUGUUAUAAUGUAAAUGUAGAUAAGUAAGUAAUCGUUGAAUUGAAGAAAAGGAAUAAAACAUAUUAGUUUUAUUAAAUUAUAAAAAAAUAUCCUAGUGAUAUUCUGCUAGAAAUAUAAAUAUAAUAUAAAAUAAAUAUAAUGUUACGUACUUAAUUUGCUUUUAUUUUCGCGUAAAUAUUUAAUAAUAAAUAAAUAAAUUAAGAUAAUUUUGAACUAUGUGAUAAAAAUGUAAUCAUAAGUAGGAUCCAUAUAAUUAUGCAAUUUUAACUAUUUUUAGGCGAAAAUGUACUUGUAUAAUGUACUUGUGGAAAAAUGCCAUUGUUAUUUAAGAAAAUAAAUUAAAUUAUGUUAA